AUGCUACCCAUCCCGACGUCGACGACGACGCCCGUUGCGAGGACACAAACGGACGGCUCCCGCGAGCCAAAGACACCGUCGCGGCGACCAGUAGACCACUUUCACCUUUUCCCAUACCUGCCCGCAGAACUUCGCCUCAAGAUAUGGAACUUCAACCUACCUCCGCCGCGCAUCGUCCCCAUACGGUGCGGCGCAAAAUCUCUGUCCUUCGCUGCAGACGUCUACCCAGCCGCUCAGCGGCGACCAUCGACUAGCGGCUGCAUCUCCUACGCAUCCAUUCCCGUCAACCUCCACGUCUGCCAUGAGUCUCGCGUCGAGGCCAUGAAGUCCUACCGGCUCAGUUUUGGCAUGACUCGCAAUCCUGGCCAAAUCUUCUUCGACCGGUACCGCGAUGUCCUGUACUUUGGCGCUCGCGACGGCUACAUGGCGUCGGAAUCGCAGUUCAUGACCGUCAUGGCGCUGUGUGACCCCACGGACCUCGCCGAGGUGCGCCACCUCGCCGUCAACGACUCACUGUUCUGGAUCGACUCCGUGUACUACCAGAGCAUGUCGGCCGCGAACCUGACGGUGGAGGUGCUGAAGCAGGUGCGCACGCGCAUGCCACGGUUGGAGAGUCUCGUUUUCAUACCGAGGGACGAGAACCCGGUGUACUACGACCAGGUCGAACUCGUCGAGGCGAAUCGGCAGUCGGAGCUGGUGCAGAUCAUGAGUCUGCAGAUGGAGGCCGGCAUGAAGGCCGUCUGGGAGAUGUUCCCCGACUGGCGGCCGCCUUCGUGGCGUAUCAUGGCUCUGGGAUGCGGGCUGCCUGCGGCCGUGGACUGGUGUCGAGGAGGGGAUAUUGGGACGUUACCUGUUGAGAUGGAGAUCGACGCGAGAAGCUGA